GCCUGCCUAAGGAUACGCCUACAUAAGGAUACGGGAGAGCGUGUGGUGCAUUGGCGUGUGGUUACGUGUUGGUAAACAAAAUUCAAAGGAAUUUCGGUGUUCAUGCGUUUAGAUGCGGUCGGUGGAUGUUAUACAUCUUGGGGGAAGAAGACUGAAAAGGGCUCAUCGUACAUCGCGUUAAGUAGGCCAAAGUUGUCUGAAGACGGCGUGGACGCUUUUAUGCGGCGAGAUUGGAGGCUGGGUCGCAGUUCUUGGCAAGGCCUACAAUGCUGAAAUUUAGGAAGCUAUUUGGUUCGAAAGGAGCAGUGGUUAUUGGAAUGAUCCAUGUGAGAGCCCUGCCUGGAACACCUCUUCAUAGUCUGCACAUGGACAAAGUUGUGGAGACAGCCUGCAGUGAAGCAGACACAUAUACUAAAUGUGAUGUGGACGGUCUGCUGGUGGAGAACAUGCACGACCUGCCGUACAUGUGCGGAGCUCAGCUGGGACCGGAGAUCACUGCGUGCAUGACGCGCGUGGCGGCCGAGGUGCGUCGCAGGGUGCCUGCCGCCAAGCCCGUUGGCGUUCAGGUGCUGGCGGCCGGCAAUCGGCAGGCACUGGCCGUGGCCCUGGCGGCCGGUCUGCAGUUCGUGCGCGCGGAGGGCCUGGUGUACGCGCACGUGGCCGACGAGGGCUGGAUGGACGCCUGCGCCGGGCCGCUGAUGCGGUACCGCCGCCACCUGGCCGCCGACCACAUCAGCGUCUGGGCCGACGUCAAGAAGAAGCACAG